AUUUAAAAAUGUGGUGCAGACUCAAAUUGUCUCAGACAACUGAAACAGCUCAUUAUCAAAGCUUGAGGAUCAACUUCAAAUCAGAAAUCAUGAGGGCAUCUUCUUUGUGUCUGAUGUUCGGGCUGGUCCUGCUGAUGGCCUGGACUUCUGAGGCUCAACCAGUUGCUCAUGCAGUUCCUGAGAGUUGUUGCUUCAAAUUUAUUGACUUUCAAAUUCCAGCCUCAAAAAUUAAGAGUGCUCUGAAGACAAGUUCACAUUGCCCUGUCUCUGGCAUUGUGGUUACGACACCUAGAACCGAAUUUUGUGUGAGACCGGAUGAGGCUUGGAUAAAGCCUGUAAUGGAGAAGCAGCUUCGUUAAUAAAAACGCAAUACAUUAUGCCCAAAAAUAAUACUAUUACUGCUUUAUACAACUGUCUUUUCUUAAUAAAUGUAUUUUUGCAUCUCUUGAUUAAUAUUGCAAGAAUCUGAAUGUUAAACUGUCUUCAUUUAAUGCUCAAUCUAUGCUAAUAAAUCUUAAAAUGCAAUGAGA